AUGGAGCAGACGGGGAAGGAAGCGACAAGGGAAGCAUCAGAACAGGUAUCAAAUGAAUUCAAAACACUGGUUGAUGCUCAGGACUUGGAUUCACUCAAACAAUUGCAGCACCUCAUAUUGGGGAGAUUGCAAGAUGGUAAUGCAGUCCUGUCACAUUUUAAUGAGUUUUCAGAGAACUGCUUUGCUGAGGUUGCUGGAGAUUUCUCUAGACACACACGCCUAUUAAGGUCUAUGAAGUCUGAUCUUGAAUACAUAUUUCAGAAGUUGAGAAAGAUCAAAGUCACACAUAGGAAAAGAACAAUCCAGGCUGAGCCCUGUAGUCCAAAAUGGGUCGGUGUUGGUCCUAGCGAGUUCGUCUGUGAUAUCAUGGAUAAGCUUUGA